GUCUUGACGAGCGCCAAAGUUGAUUGAUGUUUAUAAUGUAACUCUGGCAUUAUUUAAUCUUUUGUUUCCGUUUUUCAUGAUGGGGUCUUCUGCAGUUGAAAAACUGUUCUCUCGGCCUCUUCCUGUCACGGCGAAGUUUGCAGAGCGGGAAGAGAGGAAGCAGACAGUACUGAUAACCCUUGAGAUGCAUUCUAUCACAUCACCAAUACAUACCAAGGAGCUGGUUGUCCGUCUUACAGAUGAAACUGACCUCUUUUUCUUGUACACACUACGGUUGAAUGAAGAAGACUUUCAGAGCCUAAAGGUACAGCAGGGCCUACUGGUGGACUUCAGUGCCUUUCCUCAGAGAUUUGUGGAUCUUCUGGAACUAUGUCUGCAGGAACAGCACAAAGAAUCACCAAAGUAA